AUGGAGCUCUGGGGACCCCGGGCGCCUCAGCCGCUGCUGCUACUGCUGCUGCUGUUGCUCUUAGGGGUCGGCCUCUUGCCUGCUAGCAGCCACAUCGAGACCCGGGCCCAUGCGGAGGAGCGACUCCUGAAGAGACUCUUCUCUGGCUACAACAAGUGGUCUCGGCCAGUAGCCAACAUCUCAGAUGUGGUCCUUGUCCGCUUCGGCCUGUCCAUUGCUCAACUCAUUGAUGUGGAUGAGAAGAACCAGAUGAUGACAACAAAUGUGUGGGUGAAGCAGGAGUGGUAUGACUACAAGCUGCGCUGGGUCCCCGGUGACUACGAGAAUGUUACCUCCAUCCGCAUCCCCUCCGAGCUCAUCUGGAGGCCCGACAUUGUACUCUACAACAAUGCGGACGGGGACUUUGCAGUCACCCACCUGACCAAAGCCCACCUGUUCUAUGAUGGGCGGGUACAGUGGACACCCCCGGCCAUCUAUAAGAGCUCCUGCAGCAUCGAUGUCACCUUCUUCCCCUUCGACCAGCAGAACUGUACCAUGAAGUUUGGGUCCUGGACCUAUGACAAGGCCAAGAUUGACUUGGUGAGCAUGCAUAGCCGCGUGGACCAGCUGGACUUCUGGGAGAGUGGGGAGUGGGUCAUUGUGGAUGCCGUGGGCACCUACAACACCAGGAAGUAUGAAUGCUGCGCCGAGAUCUACCCUGACAUCACCUACGCCUUCAUCAUCCGCCGGCUGCCACUGUUCUACACCAUCAACCUCAUCAUCCCGUGCCUGCUCAUCUCCUGCCUCACCGUGCUGGUCUUCUACCUGCCCUCCGAGUGUGGCGAGAAGGUCACCCUGUGCAUCUCGGUGCUGCUCUCGCUCACCGUCUUCCUGCUGCUCAUCACGGAGAUCAUCCCGUCCACCUCGCUGGUCAUCCCGCUCAUUGGUGAGUACCUGCUCUUCACCAUGAUCUUCGUCACCCUCUCCAUCGUCAUCACGGUCUUCGUGCUCAACGUACACCACCGCUCACCGCGCACGCACACCAUGCCUGCCUGGGUGCGCAGAGUCUUCCUGGACAUCGUGCCGCGCCUCCUCUUCAUGAAGCGCCCGUCUGUGGUCAAAGACAACUGCCGGAGACUUAUCGAGUCCAUGCACAAGAUGGCCAAUGCCCCUCGUUUCUGGCCAGAGCCGGAGGGUGAGCCCGGCGUCUUGAGUGACAUUCGAAACCGAGGCCUGUCAUCCGCCCCAUCUUUCUGCAACCCUCUGAACACUCCAGCUGAAGCCCAGCCUACAUGCAAGUCACCCUCUCACAAGGUCCCUGAUUUGCAGAUAUCAGAGGUGAAGAAGACCAGUCCCUGUCCAUCACCUGGCCCCUGCCACGCACCCAACAGCACCAGGGUCCCGACGCUUGACAAAGCCAGGUCCCUGAGUGUCCAGCACGUGCCCAGCUCCCAGGAAACGGCAGAGGGUGGCAUCCGCUGCCGGUCUCGGAGUAUCCAGUACUGUGUUUCUCGAGAUGGCGCUGUCUCCCUGGCUGACAGCCAGCCAACUGCCUCCCCUGCCUCCCUGAAGGCCCAUCCAUCCCAGCUUCCACUGUCCGACCAGGCCUCUCCAUGCAAGUGCACAUGCAAAGAACCAUCUCCCGUGUCUCCAGUCACUGUGCUCAAGGCCCGAGGCACCAAACCACGCCCCCAGCACCUCCCCCUGUCACCAGCCCUGACACGGGCAGUGGAGGGUGUCCAGUACAUUGCAGACCACCUCAAGGCAGAAGACACAGACUUCUCGGUGAAGGAGGAUUGGAAGUACGUAGCCAUGGUCAUCGAUCGGAUCUUCCUCUGGAUGUUCAUCAUCGUCUGCCUACUGGGCACUGUGGGCCUCUUCCUGCCCCCUUGGCUGGCUGGUAUGAUCUAG